AUGGACAUGGCUUGGAUUUGGUGUCUGCUUGUGUUCACGGUGGCAGGUCUGGCUUUGCUGGCGUUGCACUUGAGACUCAAGCGUGCAGGUAGAUCCCAGGAGCCUCCCAAUCUCCCAUCGUUUCCUCUCAUCGGAAGUCUGCUGAGUCUGCGAAGCCCGCACCCUCCUCAUUUACUUUUCAAAGAAUUACAGAAAAAGUAUGGACAGACAUAUUCUCUGAUGAUGGGCUCCCACAGGGUGGUCAUCGUCAACCAGCACGUGCACGCCAAAGAAGUCCUGCUGAAGAGGGGGAAGGUGUUUGCAGGAAGGCCCAGAACUGUCACCACGGAUGUUCUGACCAGGAAUGGUAAGGACAUCGCAUUUGGGAAUUACAGUCCUACCUGGCGGUUCCACAGGAAGAUAGUGCAUGGAGCGCUGUGCAUGUUUGGAGAGGGCUCGGCCUCCAUUGAGAGGAUCAUCUGCGUGGAGGCCCAGUCCCUGUGCUCCGUCCUGUCUGAGGCGGCCGGCGCGGGCGUGGCCCUGGACCUGUCCCCGGAGCUGACCAGAGCCGUCACCAACGUCAUCUGCUCCCUCUGCUUCAACUCCUGCUACUGCCGGGGAGACCCCGAGUUUGAGGCCAUGCUGAGCUACAGCCAGGGCAUCGUGGACACGGUGGCCAAGGACAGUCUGGUGGACAUCUUUCCCUGGUUACAGAUUUUCCCCAAUGCUGACCUGCAUCUUCUCAAGCACUGCGUUGCAAUCAGAGACAAGCUACUACAAAAGAAAUACGACGAGCACAAGGCAGACUACAGCGACCACGUCCAGAGAGACCUGCUGGACGCCCUGCUGCGAGCCAAGCGCAGCGCGGAGAACAACAACACGGCAGAGAUAGGAGGCGAGUCUGUGGGCCUCAGUGAUGACCACCUCCUCAUGACGGUGGGGGACAUCUUUGGUGCGGGGGUUGAAACCACCACCACGGUGCUGAAAUGGGCCGUCACCUACCUCAUCCACCACCCAGAGAUACAGAGUCGUAUCCAGGAUGAGCUGGACGUGAACAUCGGAGUGGACCGGUCCCCGCAGCUCAGUGACCGGGGCGGGCUGCCGUACCUGGAGGCCACGAUCAGAGAGGUGCUGCGGAUCCGGCCCGUGUCUCCGCUGCUCAUCCCUCACGUGGCCCUCAGUGACACCAGUAUUGGGGAUUUUACAGUGAGGAAAGGCACCCGAGUCAUCAUCAACCUGUGGGCUUUGCACCACGAUGAGAAGGAAUGGGACAACCCCGACGUUUUUGACCCUGGCCGGUUCUUGAACAGCAAAGGCACCGGUCUGAGCAUCCCGUCGUCCAGCUACCUGCCGUUCGGGGUCGGGAUCAGGGUCUGCUUGGGCGAGGCCUUGGCCAAGAUGGAACUCUUCCUCUUCCUGUCAUGGAUCCUACAGCGCUUCACCCUUUCUGUCCCGCCCAACCACUCUCUUCCCAGUCUGGAGGGCAAGUUCGGCGUGGUCCUGCAGCCAGUGAAAUACACGGUGAAGGCCACGCCCAGACCCGGCUGGGAGAGGCCCCGGUCCCAGGCACGCUGACCCUGCACUCUGGUCCCCUCAGCAGCCCCGGCACACGC